UUUCAUCUCCCAGACCUAAUAAUUUCCAUUUCACCUUUUUUAAUUCCCUCUUUCUCCUUUCCAUUUUUCCCCAAAAGAGAGAUUUUCUUCAAACAAAACUAAUAUCAAUGGAAAGCAUCUCUCCGUCGGCACAAUACUAUUCGCCAUCGACCAGUCCGAACAUGGCAGAAAGAACGCCGUGGCACUCGCCCUUGCCGUAUCUCUUCGGCGGCCUUGCGGCGAUGCUGAGCCUAAUCGCCUUUGCGCUUGUCAUUUUAGCCUGUUCUUACUGGAACCUCUCUCGGCGAGACAGAGACAACGCUGAUUUGGAAACCGGCGACGCAAACGAAGCAAAAACCGGCUCGAAGAUACCGCCGGAGAAGGUUAACUACGACGACAAUGUUUUGGUCAUAAUGGCUGGAAACCAAAAUCCGACGUUCUUAGCUAGGCCUGUAUGCAUAAAAAUUUCCUCCGCAGUGGAAGCCCACAUCAAUGGUGAAUCGGAAGAGAAAGAGACAGCUGAAAAUUCCGAGAAAUCGAACAAAGUGCACGAUGGAGAAGUAAAUACAGCGGUUGAGGAAGAAAUCGAGUGAGUUUUUGAAGUAAAGUUGUACUGAAUUUUGAUCUCUGUGUUCUUGAACGAGAAAUUUUGCCCUAAGGGUUCUUACUGAGCUCUGUUUUUCGGCUUCUUCGUUCGAGAAAUUUGUAAAUUACAAUGGAAAUUAAUUAUUACAUAAAAUUUUUGUAAAA